CUCCUCGUCUCUCACCGUGCGCUCUGGUCCUCCUCUGCGCGCUCUUGGGUUUCGCCUCGGACAAACUUCGGCGGAGAUCUGGAUCAACAAAACUUCGCCGAAUUGGUUUAGAGGUGCUGGACGAGUUGCCGCAGUUGUUUUCGGGGGUUGGGGUGCCGUGGUUAUUAUACUUUUAGUUUUUUAGUUUUUUGCAGUCUAAUCAUGGAGACUCAUAGAAGUCUCCUCGCGCUGCUGUGCCUUUUUUUCAUGGCUGGAGCGCAAGUACCGGACCUACGGCGCAAGUUUGUUGAGUGUCCUGUUGACCUUUUCUUCGUACUGGAUACAUCUGAGAGUGUUGCCCUCAGAAGGACACCUGAUUCUUUUUAUAUUGACCAGAUCAAAAAUUUUGCCAAGGACUUCAUAGAUCAACUUCAGGACAUGCGCCACCCGUGUGACCGCAUCCUGACAUGGAACUCAGGAGCACUGCACUACAGUGACGAGGUCAAACUGGUGAAGGAGCUGAGUGACAUGACCACCAAUCGGAAUGCCCUGAAGACGGCAAUCGACCAAAUUGUAUACAUCGGCAAGGGCACAUACACCGACUGCGCCAUCAAGAGAGGCCUCGCCGAGCUGCUCAUUGGGGGUUCCCAUUACCAUGAGAACAAGUAUUUAGUGGUAGUGACUGAUGGCCAUCCUAUUACUGGGUACAAAGAGCCAUGUGGAGGUGUGCAGGAGGCUGCAAAUGAAGCCAAGCAGCACGGGGUCAAAGUGUUUGCUGUCGCCAUCUCACCUGACCAGGAGGAAGCCAGGCUGUCUCUCAUUGCCACAGACCGGAGCUACAGACAGAACUUCACUGCAGCAGAUGACCUCAGAACCAGCAAGAUGAGAACCAUUGAAACCAUCAUUGACAUGAUCACAAACGAUACGAAGGAUGUGUGUUGCUCUUUUGACUGCAUUGCUCCUGGAGGGAACAAAGGACCAGAUGGAGACCCUGGCUCUAAGGGAGAAAGAGGUAGACCAGGGAUGCCAGGAGAGAAGGGAGCCAUUGGUGAUGUGGGCAGGAUUGGUGAUCCUGGUCCUGUUGGUUACAGUGGGAUGAAGGGAGACCGUGGUAUAAAAGGAGAAAAGGGUGAAAGAGGACACAGAGGCUUCAAGGGAGACAAAGGUCAAAGGGGAAAGGAUGGAAUCGAUGGACGCAAGGGUGAAGCUGGUUACCCUGGACUUCCUGGCUGCAAAGGUUCUCCUGGACAAGAUGGCCUGCAGGGAGAGUCUGGACCAAAGGGAGACCCUGGCCCUUAUGGACCCAAAGGAGAAAAAGGAGAUUCUGGGAGAAACGGUGAACCCGGACGACCUGGAAACUAUGGAUCACUGGGACCUAAGGGUGAUCCGGGCCCUCGUGGUCCCGAUGGGGACAAAGGAGAGCGCGGCAAUGAUGGGUUACCUGGGCCAGAUGGACCUCCUGGCGUGAAAGGAGGAGCUGGAGAGAAGGGGGAGCAGGGUUCCCGUGGAAAGAGAGGCCCAAGAGGAGAGCCGGGGGAGCCAGGCCUCCGUGGAGAGCAAGGGAGGGAGGGUGCAAGUGGCCCCAACGGGGAACCCGGUGAGCCUGGCAAACCUGGGCCUCCCGGGUACAGAGGAGAUGAAGGCCAAGGUGGAGAAGAAGGACCCAAGGGGCAGGCAGGAAUCAAAGGAGCUCCAGGAGACAGAGGCCAGAUGGGAGAGAGGGGAGAGGAUGGUGCCCCAGGAAAUGGCACAGAAGGUUGUCAUGGUUUCCAGGGUUACCCUGGGCCCCGUGGAGAACCCGGUGAGCCGGGUGGCAAGGGAACUCCCGGACCCAAAGGAGAUGAUGGCGAGCCCGGAGAUCCAGGCCCUGAUAAUAGAGAACCAGGGCCUCCAGGAUCUAAAGGGGCUAAAGGUCACAGAGGGCCUGAGGGCAGACCGGGACCACCCGGGCCUCCCGGACCACCAGGAGCUGACGAAUGUGAAAUUCUGGAUAUCAUUAUGAAGCUCUGCUCUUGUUGUGAGUGUAAGUGUGCCCCUGUGGACCUGGCAUUCAUUGUGGACAGCUCAGAGAGUAUCGGUGCCACAAACUUUGGCCUAUCCAAAGACUUUAUCAUCACAGUCAUUGACAGACUGAUAAAAGACCAGCAAGUCAAGUUUGCCUCGAACGAGUCCACAUUGAGUGUAGUCCAGUACAGUGGAUCAAAAGCUCAAGAAGCUAUCAGACUGACCACAAGCCUCGCUGAAUUUAAACAGGCAGUAAGAGACAUGAAGUGGCUGGCCGAGGCCACAUACACGGGCGAGGCCCUUGAUUUUGCUUUGAAUAACACACUCAGGCUGAUGAGGAAAGAGAACAAAGUCGUUCUCGUCCUCACUGAUGGACGCUCUGAUAUCUUCAGAGACAAGACACCUCUCAACAUACUCUGUGGUAAAGGCAUUACGGUCGGUGGUUUAGGAGUGAAGGACUACUCAGGCCGUAAGCCUAACCAAGAGCAGCUUGACGACGUGGUGUGUAAGAGUGACCCCAAACCAGGCUUUUCCUUCGUGCUGGAUAACUUUGCUGAGCUUCUAGAGGACAAUUUCCUGCAGAAUCUCACAACCAAAAUCUGUAAAGACAAGAAAUGUCCAGACUACAAAUGUCCCAUCUCCUUCGAUCAAAAUACUGAUAUUUUGGUGAUGAUGGACAGCUCGGCCAGUGUAGGCCAGAAGAACUUUGAAAUAAGCAAAACCUUCGUCCAACACUUGGCUGAACGUUUCCUGACCGCCGAGAAGUUGAGGGGCAUCUCUGUUAAAGUGGCUGUGGGCCAGUAUAGUCGGGAUGCCCGCCUGGAUCAGACACUGACUUCCAAUCUGACCCUGUUGUCUAAUCAAAUCAAGGGAGCUGCCUUCCAAAACGACGGCACCAGUGUGACACAGGCCUUGGAGUUUUCUGUCACGCAUUUACGCCCGCGUGGGGACUCCUCAGGAGGAAGGAAGAAGCUGGUGCUCUUCUCUGACGGCAGGUCUCAGGGUGUCACCCAGCCUGUCCUGGAGAAACGUGUUCGUGAUGUGGUGGAUGCUGGUAUUGAGCUCUUUGUCAUCUCAGCUGGCACCGAAGUCAACGAGGCCAACCUGCGCACUCUGGUGAGCAGAGGGCGGCAGGAUGACAUCACCUACGCUCAACGCCAUCAGUUCCGUGUCUCAGACUACCCAUCUCUGCUCCGUGGGGUCUUCUCCCAAACCGUCUCCCGCAGGGUGUCCAUGCCGUGAAUGAGGAUGCACCAUACAGCGGGACUAACACGCUUUACAUUUUUAGUCCAAUGAUUAUUCAGUCUCACUCAUUUACAGUACACUGUGUUUAAAAGAAGAAAGAAAGAAAGAAAUGUUACAAAAUGACAAAUGAUUGUGCGGCAGAAAAAAAAUGUAAAUUUCUUGGCAAAAUCAUCAUAAAACUUUUUUACUCCAAGUUGAGUCUCCAAAGUGGAUCAUCCUAGGCUGUGUACAAAUCCCAGUGCCUCUGCUAAGAUCAUAACCAAAUACAGGAGUUUGUAAGUGCACUAUAAAGAAAAAAAUUGUUGCCUUGGAGGUGCAGGGUAAAAAAGGCCCAAAUAAAUGGGUCAGUCUGGUCCUGGAGAGCCAUCAGUAGUGGCCACAUCAAAACUUAUUUCUAGCUUUCAUCUGCAUUAUGCUGAUUUCUACUCAGGUAUUUUGCAUCCCUGUAUCACUCUCAGCUUUGACUUCAGCUAACCACCGAGGGUUUAAACGAGGCUCUAUGAAAUAGCACUUUCUUGUCUCUCCAGGACUGGACCUCCUGCUCUUUUUAAAGGAUUAAUUUUAGGGUCUAAUGUGGAUUCUUUUUUUGUUGUUUUAGCCACUCUUUCAAGUGGUGUUAGAUGUGUUACAGUAAUGCAAAAUCAAGUGACCAACCACAGCUGUGAACUGAAAACCUUUUUUUUACUGCACCCAAAUGACUUUUAACACACAAGAUUUAGUUCUGAUUUGACCUCUGACUUCAUUUUAAGUUUACCACACACACAUACAUUGGCAUAUCGUCACUGAGCUUGGAAAACAUCUGUCAUGGCCGAAUCCUUGAAAAGAAACACGGCAUUUGUGAAGCCCCUCACACCUACCCACACACAGAAAAAUGCACACCUUUUAGAUCCCCUCAAGUGUAAGUUCAACAAUGCUGUUGUUUUCAUUGACUCAGAGUCACUGAGCUGUUGUUAUUAUCUGUGGUGCUACUAGUUUCAGUGUAUCAGCCUCUACUCUUUUUGUUAAAGAAGAUAUUUUUACCAUGGAGAUGCACAGCCUCAGUAGUUUCGUAAGAGCUCCUUCAAUAAAGGUUGCUGCACCAAA